UGGCUUUCCGAGAGCUAACAGCGUCGAUGUGAAGACGAGCGCGAAAAUGAUAUCAAUCGACGUGGUACGAAAAAUUGGAUGGUAUGAGAAAAAGGCCCAAAAUUUUUAUUACCAGUGCGAGUAAAAAGCAACCAGCUUUAUUAUGCAGUUAAUUAAAAUGUUUGAAAUACGAUUGAACGUACGGCAGCAAACAAGAUUGGGAUCGACUCGACGUACAGUUUUGCCGGUGGAACAACUCGGUGUUUAUAUAGUAAUUAUGUUCCUUGCUAUUGGUCAAUUCAGUGGCAGCGAUGCGGUUCUCAGCAAAGAUGGACUAGUGGAUUUGAUCGAGGAAUUCGGUAUUCCAAAGCUACCGUCCGGAGUCACCCCCGUUACUGGCAUGUGCAAUGAGUCUCGCAAUGAGUACCAAACGUACCCAGCGGCAGCAUACAACCUCAACGAGAACACUGUGUUAAGCAUUGGUACAAUGCAGAUUUUUCCCAAUGGAUUUCCCACAGACUUUUCACUGCUAGUAGUUUUGAAAGCGACUCCAAAUCUGGUGCGGGUGCCCUUGUUCACGGUGUAUUCUUCCGAUUCCGAAGAGGUUCUCAUGCUAAUGGUUGGGAUGGAGGUUGCUCUGUACUAUCAGGAUACUGAUGGUCUACCAGAGGAUGAGAGUUUGAUUAGUUUCGGAGUUAGUAUUGAUGAUCAGCAGUGGCACAGGCUGGGCAUCAGCAUUAAGGGUGACUCAGUAACUCUCAUCUUAGACUGUAGUACCCAAAUCACCCGACAGCUAAAGCGAGGUCAAAGGUCGACCAUUGCAAAUGAUGGCUUGCUAUUGACUGGUGUGCAAUUGAAUGAGGAUGAUGGUUUCUUCACUGGUGACAUCCAAUUGUUUAUGAUAGCGAAUACUCCCGAUGAGGCAUACAACUUAUGUAUGAGGUAUGCUCCCGACUGUAUUGGUUCUGCAAGGGACGGUUCAGUACAUAUAUACAGUUCUCAAGUUCAAACUGGCCAGAUUUCGACAAACUUGAAUAUCUCAUCAAUAUCAAACCAUCAAAAUUACAACGGUUCAAUAAACCACAUACAAACAAUAUCAACAACCAACCAACAAAAUGGAAGCCAUCGAGAGUUUGUAGACCUGACCGGUGAGGUUGACGGAUUGGAAAUCAUUGGGGAAGAUGAUGAAUACUAUAAUAAUCUGGAAUUAGAAGGAGAAUCCAAACUCAGUGAGCACCAAAAUUACAGUACAAACACCACAAGAGGCUCAGUGAAUCGACACCCGAUCGAGCAGAAUGGAACUGCUGCCGAAACUCGGAACCAAUAUGGUAGAAAACCAAUUCUACCUCUUCCCGAUCCAGAAUAUGACCAGUCAGCAAUUAAUGGCGUCCUACCUGAAGGAGAAAAACCUAUUGAUGAAUCGGAUCGAGAUCCAGUAAUUGAAGACACAUCUGUUUCUUUUCCCACACUCCCAGCAGCUAACGACAAUUCCAUUAUUAUACGAACAGUUGUUGGACCUAUAGGCGCCCCGGGGGAACCUGGUCCGAGGGGUGAACCGGGUCGUGAUGGUUUGCCUGGGCAAAAUGGGCCUCCGGGUCCACCAGGACACGUGUUCAUGGUUCCUUUGAGUCAGACUACGAAUGAGAAAGGUCCCGACACUCAAGCAGAAGCAUUUCGACAAAUGCUCUCUCAACACAUGAUGGCAAUGCGUGGAGCUGAUGGUCCAAUGGGUUUAACUGGUGUCCCUGGGACUGUCGGGAUGCCUGGCCCAGAAGGUCCUAAGGGUGAACUGGGGGAAAUAGGAGAACCGGGUCCACGCGGUCUUCGAGGACCAAUAGGUUUGUUGGGGCGGGAAGGUAGACGAGGACGAGCUGGAAGAGAUGGCGAAAGGGGAUCGAUUGGGUUGCAGGGCGCGAAAGGAGAACCUGGCACAAUCGGGUUACCAGGAUUUCCUGGUGAGAAAGGUGAUCGAGGCAGGAUUGGAAACGUUGGAGAAAAAGGAGUUCAAGGUCAUGAAGGAAUGCAAGGCGAGGAUGGGCCACCAGGGCUACCAGGACUACCUGGCGAAUUGGGUCCACGAGGUUUUACCGGACCAAGAGGCUUUCCAGGUCCAACAGGAAAUCCCGGUCUGCCGGGAACAGAAGGUCUACCAGGAGUAAAAGGUAAUCCAGGCCCCCAAGGGCAGCCCGGAGCACCAGGGCAAACUGGUGCAACAGGACCAGUAGGACCUCCAGGGCCACAAGGGAAUAUGGGUCCUCCAGGAAUCGCUGGUCCUCAUGGUAAACAAGGCCUAUCUGGGCUUCCAGGAGCAGAUGGAGCACCUGGACGUGAAGGUAGUCCAGGCAUUGUGGGCCCUAAGGGUGAUAUUGGUCCUCAGGGGGUUCAGGGUUCGAUAGGGUUUCCUGGUAAUCGUGGACCAAAAGGAGACGACGGAGAUCGUGGCUCUCCUGGUGAUAAGGGUGAUAAAGGCGAUCGAGGACACGAUGGAGAAAAAGGUGACAUGGGGUCACCCGGAGAAAGAGGACCAUCUGGGCAGCAGGGUACUAUUGGUAUUGAAGGACCAGAAGGUCCGAAAGGAUUUGAAGGGCCUCGGGGCGAACCAGGAGUAAUGGGCCUAACUGGUGACAAAGGUAAACAAGGUGUGCAGGGGUUUCCCGGAUACGCUGGGCCAUCCGGCGAUAAAGGUGAUAAAGGAUCGGUAGGGCUUAUCGGGUUAACAGGAGAUAAAGGCGAAAGGGGCACCACUGGUUUGCAAGGCGAGCGAGGUGAAGUAGGACCAAGGGGUUUUCGUGGACCACGUGGUCGUAGAGGAGCAGACGGAACACCUGGACCAAAAGGGGAUACCGGCCAACCAGGUGCUCCUGGUGCUCAAGGUGAAAUGGGUACUCAAGGCACGGAAGGUCCCCGUGGAUUUAUUGGACUACCAGGACCUCCUGGCAGCAAUGGCAAGGAUGGGCCACAUGGAACUCCAGGAGAAAGAGGACCUCCGGGUGACAAUGGAAAUCAAGGCCCGAUUGGAGCUCCAGGUGUGAUUGGUCCUCAAGGUCCAAAUGGGGAGCCAGGUCCUGUAGGUGAACCAGGCAUCCCGGGGUUACCUGGUAUGCCUGGCGAACCUGGAGUCCCCGGCGAUAGUGGAAAAGAAGGGCAGGUGGGACCACCUGGACCUACCGGCAAGAAUGGAUCUCCGGGAGGACAAGGUUUGCCUGGGUUUCCAGGAGACCGUGGAUUGAUGGGAAUGCCUGGUCUUCCUGGACUUAAAGGCGAAAUUGGUGUACCGGGUCUUCAAGGAUCCGUCGGUGAUAAAGGGCAACCUGGAGAACCUGGAAAGGAAGGGCCACCAGGGCCAGAGGGACGACGGGGGCCACCAGGACCUAUCGGCCCCGUAGGAUUGAAGGGUGAACGAGGUGAAAUGGGUUUAAUUGGACCAAUCGGACGGGACGGUCUGCCUGGACAGCGUGGAUUGACUGGUCCUCCAGGACCGCAAGGUCCCCCUGGAGAAGAUGGAGACAAGGGAGAUAUUGGUCCAGCGGGCGAGAAAGGUUUUAAAGGAGGAAAAGGAGAAGCGGGUCCAGUUGGUUCACAAGGCGCUCAAGGAAGUCGAGGUGAGCCAGGUGCAGUUGGCCCGACAGGAGAGAAAGGACCACCCGGCGAAAUGGGCCGUGCAGGUUCCAAAGGCGAAGAUGGGCCAACAGGUUUACCAGGCCCCCCUGGGCCAGCUGGAGCGCAGGGGAUGCCGGGUCCAUCGGGGAUCAAAGGUGGCCGUGGAGAUGAUGGACCAGUUGGUCCAGCAGGUCCGAUCGGAACACCUGGUGAACCUGGCAGAAGAGGACCCCGUGGAGCAGACGGCUCUCCAGGAGCAACAGGCCCUGCUGGAGCCCAGGGACUGACAGGAGAACCCGGAACUCAGGGGCCUCCAGGUCCGCCUGGUCCAGAAGGUAAAGAUGGAGAGAAAGGCUUGGUUGGUCCGAAGGGAGAGGAAGGUAAAAGUGGUGCUCCCGGACCUCCUGGAAAGAGAGGACCAGCAGGCCCGGAAGGACCAAAAGGCAUGGUUGGUGUGCCUGGUUUCCCAGGUAAUCCAGGAGAACCUGGUGUUGUUGGUCCUAAGGGAGAGACUGGAAAGGAUGGUGAUGAUGGAAAACAAGGUGAUGCGGGGCAACCAGGCGAGCCAGGCCCUGCUGGUAUACCAGGUGAAGUAGGACCACCUGGUAAAAUGGGACCCGAGGGCCCGGCAGGGUUACAGGGAACUCCUGGAUUACCAGGCGAGAAAGGAGAUCGAGGAUUACCAGGACCGAUUGGAAACAUGGGGUUGACCGGGCCUCAAGGUAUGCCAGGAGCUCAAGGAUUACAAGGACUGAGAGGAUCGCCUGGACCUUCGGGAGAAGUUGGUCCUGUAGGAAAGCCUGGUGAAACGGGAGCUCCAGGUAAAACUGGCGAAACUGGCAUCAGUGGACAAAAGGGCGAUCGAGGUAAACGAGGACCUAAAGGGCAUCGUGGUGAACUAGGAAUGGUUGGUUUAAAGGGUGAUUCUGGUGAGAAAGGAGACAAAGGGAUGAAAGGUAACACAGGACCGGAGGGUCCGAAAGGUUCACCAGGCCCGUUAGGUCCAAUCGGGUUGAAAGGCAACGAUGGUUUGCAGGGUUCACCUGGUGUUGAAGGUCCAUUAGGGCCCAAAGGUUCCGAAGGUGUUGCUGGAUUAAGAGGUGACCCUGGACCACCGGGUCCUCCAGGACCACCAGGUCCACCAGCUGAAGCCCCAUUGAUUCCACCGGAGCUGCUCUUCAGAAUGGGUGAGCUUUCUAUAACAAAAGGAGAAGACAGAAUGAAACGUGAGGCAGAGGAAAUUCCCGAAGAGGAAGACGAUUUCGAUGAAGAACUACUCAAGAUUGAACCAAAGAAAAAGAAAAAGAAGAAGAAAGUGAAAGAUGAUAUGGGUCCCAAGUUCUUGGAUAUGUACAGUUCCAUCUAUUCGAUGCGGCAGGAACUGGAUCGGAUGAGAAAACCUGUUGGUACAAGAGAAAAUCCUGGCAGGACAUGUCGUGAUCUGCACUAUGGUCACCCUCAGUUCAAAGACGGUUGGUACUGGAUAGAUCCAAAUUUGGGAAUGGCGGAUGACGCUGUAUACGUAUACUGCAACAUGACAGCGGAAGGCGAAACGUGCGUCUUUUCUGAUCUGCACAGUUCACAGAUGCCUAACAUACCCUGGCGUAAAGAGAAUGACAAGACGGAUUGGUACUCUAAUCUUAGGGGCGGUUUCAGGAUAUCCUACGAAACAGUCGGUGUCGUUCAGAUGACUUUCUUGCGGUUAUUAUCACAAGCAGCUUAUCAGAACUUCACCUACACCUGCAUGAACAGCGUAGCUUGGUUUAGCACAGAAGAGGACAACCAUGACAAUGCCAUCCGCUUCCUUGGAGACAACGAAAUCGAUAUAGGAUACGAAAAUUCCAAACUGCGACCCAAUGUGCUUGUUGAUGGUUGCAAAACUGGCAAAAGUAAGAGUGAGACCAUUUUCGAGAUUCGAACCAACAAACUUCAGUAUUUGCCCAUCAUUGACUUCUACCCUGUGGAUUAUGGUCAACCGCAGCAAGCCUUUGGGUUUCAAGUGGGGCCGGUGUGCUUCAAGUAGCACUGUAAAGUGGUUGUCAAAUAUAGUUUCAACGAAUAUGGACAAUGAAAGAACGACCCAGGACACUAUGAAAGAUAAUGCCUAUGUAUAGCUUGACGAUAUGCUUCUAAGACGUAAUGUUAUCUAUUUUAAGAGAUAUAAUUGCUAGGUUAUACACACACAUAGCAUAUAAUUAGCAUUAAUAAGGGGAACUACGCUAUUCUUAAAUUAUAAAUGAAACUACAAUAGACUGAUAACAUCAUAAGUCAGGAGGGGAAUCUACCAUCGACUAUCAUCUUAGUUGUAAAUUAUGUAUGCUAAAAAUCACUGCC